AUGACUCGAAGCCUCCUGGCCACGGCAGCGGCCUUGGUUCACCUUGCUGUCGCGCAACAGAUUGGAUCAAAACCCGAAGUUCACCCCAAGCUUCAAACAUGGAAAUGCAGCACUCAGAGUGGUUGCGUUCAGCAAGAUACUUCUGUCGUGCUAGAUGCGUUAUCGCAUCCGCUGCACAAAGUCGGAAAUAGCAGUAUCUCCUGUGGGGAUUGGACCAGUGGACUAAGUCCAACCCUGUGCGCGACUGAAGAAUUAUGCGCUAAGAAUUGCGAGCUGGAUGGAGUCGACUAUGCUGCCCAUGGGGUUAGUACCGAAGGCAGCAGCUUGAUUCUUCAUCAAUAUAUGCAAUCCAAUGGAGUGGUCUCUGUAGUAUCGCCGCGGGUCUACCUAUUGGACGAGAGCGGAACCAACUAUGAUAUGCUGAAGCUUCUGAACCAGGAACUCAGCUUCGAUGUUGAUGUCUCGACUCUGGUAUGCGGGAUGAACGGCGCGCUCUAUCUCUCGGAGAUGCUCCAGUCUGGUGGUCGGGGCGAUCUCAAUCCUGCUGGCGCGCAAUAUGGAACAGGAUACUGUGACGCGCAGUGCCCAUCGAACCCCUGGAUCAAUGGAGUGGCCAAUGUCAACUCUGCCGGUGCAUGCUGCAAUGAGAUGGAUUUAUGGGAGGCAAAUGCCCUUGCAACUGGGUAUACGUCUCACGCCUGCAACAUCACUCGCGUAUAUAAGUGCACUGAGGAUGAAUGUGGGAGUAGUGGCGUAUGCGACAAAUCUGGCUGCAGCUACAACCCAUAUGCGCUCGGCGCCCAUGACUAUUACGGAAAUCAGGAGACAAUCGACACGACAAAAGGCUUUACUGUCGUUACUCAAUUCGUGACCGACGAUAAUACUGCGCAAGGCACUCUGUCGCAGGUUCGACGGCUGUAUGUGCAGGACGGCACAGUGAUACAGAAUGCUGUCGUUGACGUGUCUGGUGACGAAAUUGAUUCCAUCACGGAUGAAUACUGCUCAAACUCAGCCAGCUAUUUUGAGCAAAUGGGUGGCCUCAAGCAAAUGGGCAAAGCCAUUGGGCGCGGCAUGGUAUUGAUUUUCAGUAUCUGGAAUGAUUCGGGAGCGUUCAUGAACUGGUUGGACAGUGGAAGUUCCGGACCUUGCAAUAGCACUGAAGGCGAUCCCGCUCUCAUCCAGGCUCAGCACCCUGAGACCUCAGUGACUUUCUCAAAUAUCAAGUGGGGGGACAUUGGAUCGACUUAUUCGCAUUGA